UUGCGGAUGUCGCAUCCAGAUCGCAGGGUCUUCAACCAAACUAAGUGGAGGAAUUCACUCCAGCUGAAAAGCGCCACGUUCCGAACCUUUUCGGUGUCUUUACGGUCAUUAAUCUCAACUUGCAGGAGAUCGUGGCGAUACCAUGUCCACUGGGUCCGUUAGCGAUGCCGAAGAUCUUCAAGAAAUGGAAGUGCUGGGCACGGAGGAGGAAUGCGAUGCAUUAAAGAGGAAAUCUAACAAGGAGUUCUGCACCUCCAACGACAGCAACGAAGACAGCUCCAACAACGAGCACGAGUCCCCCAAAAAGGGUAGGGGGUCUUCAGGAAAGAGGCGCAAGACGAGCUCCAAUAAAUCUCCCCUGAAUGGGGUGACCCAGGAAGGUAAACAGGUUCAGCGAAACGCAGCGAACGCCAGGGAGAGGGCCAGGAUGCGGGUGCUGAGCAAAGCCUUCUCACGGCUCAAAACCACUCUACCCUGGGUUCCACCGGACACGAAACUCUCCAAACUCGACACCCUGCGGCUGGCUUCCAGCUACAUCGCACAUCUGAGGCAGAUCCUAGCCAACGACAAGUAUGAGAACGGCUACAUUCAUCCAGUCAACCUGACAUGGCCGUUUAUGGUUGCGGGGAAGCCAGAAAGCGAGCUAAAGGAGGUUGUAAAUGCAAGUCGUUUGUGUGGGACUACAGCGUCAUGACUAAAAGGGGGAAAAUAACAAAAUCACAGGAAAAUUCAGAAGCCAAAGAGAAAUAUCACUAAACCGAGGAAGGAACGGUCCUGUGCAUAUUUCAGACCGGCCGAAUGUUCCACUCCUGGCGUAUCGAUGUCGUUCAACUGCUUUGCUGGUCAAAGUACGAAAGGGAUGUUACACCUUCAUUUAUAAUAGUGACUAGACUUUAAUACUGUCGGGCAAGAUAUCGUAGGUACGUUGAAUUCCACAGAUGACUUUGAUAGUCAUAUGCUGUGUAUGAAAGCAUCAUAUAAAAGAUAUAUAUAUUUUCUUUAUCCGCAAGUCUUUACAAAUCAUGUAAAUAAAAAAAAAUUGCUUUAUAUUUAAACUACA